CAGUUGUCGUCCUGAUAACACGGCGAUCGGUUCGUGUUCGUGUACGCGCGUGCUUGUGAAACAAAACGUCAUAAUUUUGCAGAAAGAAACAUCUGUCAACUUAAAAAUAACAAAGGUUUCUUUUUGGAAAUAAUUAGGUAGAAAUUUAGAACAUUGUAUUGUUUUACUUGUCAGGUCAUUUUAGAAUUAAAUAACUGUGUGUGGUGUCAAACAAAUGGGGAUCUUUAUUACAGUUCGUUCGUGCGGUCAAAAAUAAACUUUUGUUUUUAUGCUGAAUAAUAAGGUGUACUGAAGAUCUUCAGUAUUUUCUAUAACUUUAUUGCGAAUACAAAUACUAUACAAAUUGUAUAUUAAAAACCUUUAUGUGAGUGAUAUAAACAGUACAAUUUGGGUGUGAACGGAGUGAACUCACUGAAAAUUUACUGAAAAAAUCUCAAGAUGUCAAAGGUGUCCCUGAAUAAUAUUCCAUCGAACCCACGGAUUAGUCGUCUGAGAACAUAUUCAAGGACUGAAAGUGAAACGUCAUGUGAAGAGGCAGCAAGACUGACAGCAGAAGGGGCAGAAGCUGACGAUGACGAGGCUUAUGAUUAUACCGAGCUGCCCCCUCCCCCCGAUGGAGGUUAUGGCUGGGUCGUGGUCUUCGCCUCUUUCAUGUGCAACCUGGUGGUGGACGGCAUAGCCUACACCUUCGGAAUAUUCCUGCCAGAGCUGGUCGUGUACUUUGGAGUGGGGAAAGGAACAGUAGCAUGGGUCGGCAGUUUGCUGUCCGGAGUUUAUUUAGCGGCUGGUCCUAUAGUAUCAGCACUAUGCAACAAGUUCGGGUGUCGCGCGGUGUGCAUCACAGGUUCCGUUAUAGCAACGGUGGCGUUCGUUCUGUCUUCCUACAGCAAGAGCGUCACUAUGAUGAUGCUCACUUAUGGACUGCUUGGAGGAAUCGGCUUCGGUAUGAUCUACCUGCCUUCCGUGGUAGCCGUGGGCUACUACUUCGAGACCCGGCGAUCACUCGCCACCGGCAUAGCCGUGUGUGGGUCAGGAGUCGGCACGUUUAGCUUCGCUCCCCUGGCCUCGUAUCUCUUGGAUCAAUUCGGUUCGUGGCAAGGAGCAAAUCUGCUGCUGGCUGGCCUUAUUCUCAACUGUGUGAUAUUUGGCGCGCUUAUGAGACCACUUGUCUAUCCAAAGACGUCGGGUGAAAAGCCUUUGCUGCAACGUAUGGCCGAAGAAAAAAGACUGCAAAUGGAAAGGGGAUCAAUAGGCGGCUCGUACUUUGUGGUACAACUACCCGAUGGCACAAUGGAGAAGCGUAUGAAGCAGGCACCGCUGAACAUCGAUCCAGGCGUCCACUCGUCUUUGAACCUGGAGGCGUUGGCGCGUGUGCCGACUCAACCCAACAUGCAUGGUGUACCAACUGUUCCUACACUACCGACUAUUACUGAAGCAAAGAUUCCGGAGGAAAAUGGACACAAAAAGGGCGAAAACGGUACAGCCAUAGCCACGAUUCAAGCCCAACAAAUGUCCCGCAACGUGUCUUCACCCGCUUUCAGCGCGCAAGCUCCCGGACUACCCAAGAAUGGAUCCGUGCCGUUCUUCGACAGACAACGGAAACAGAGCACUGGAGAUAGGUCAGCGAAUGAUAGAUUUAAACCGUCCCUGGCUGCCAUUCGAGCCACGUCCAAAACUUCAAUGUAUAGUCAAGCUAGAAAUGAUGGCGACACAGAAAGUAUGAUGACGUCAAAAUUAUCAGUGGCCGGUCCGCGCGAGCCCCGCAUGGUGCGCCCCAUGUCGCGCAAAGACAUCUUCUACUCCGGGUCCGUGCUGAAUCUCCCGCAGUACCAGAGCCAGAAGUCGUUGCAAGGAUACAGGAACUCCGUGCUUAGUUUACCACAGAGUAGACAAACGGGCGAUUUGGAGAGGCAAGAACACAGAACCACUUCGCCCGAAACCAUAUCCAAAGAAUACGACCUGUGUCCGUGCCUGGCGCUGCCCAACUCGUUCAAGUCCGCACUAUCGUCGAUGCUGGACGUCAGCCUGCUGAAGGACCCCGCGUUCAUGCUGAUCGGGGUCUCCAACAUGUUCGGCAUGGCGGGGCUCUACGUGCCGUUCGUGUAUCUCGUCGACGCGGCUAAAGCUAACGGCAUAGAGCAAAGUCAAGCAUCGUUCCUAAUCUCCAUCAUCGGUAUAACGAACACAGUGGGCAGGAUCGCGUGCGGAUGGGUGGCCGACUUCCCGUGGAUGGAUACUUUGCUGCUCAACAACAUUUGUUUGGUCAUCGCUACGGUGUCGGUAGCUGCCACUCCGUUCUGUUUUUCAUAUAUUUGUUACGUGUUAAUGGCUAUUGCCUUCGGAUUAGCUAUUUCGGGCUACAUCUCGCUGACGUCCAUCAUCCUGGUGGACCUGCUGGGGCUGGACAAGCUGACGAACGCGUUCGGUCUGCUGAUCCUGUUCCGCGGCGCGGCCGCCAUCGUGGGCACGCCGCUGGCGGGCGCUGUGUACGACGCCACGCGCACCUACGCGCCCUCCUUCUACAUGGCGGCCGGCUUCUUCUUGGUGGCCACCUUGACGUCCUUCGCCGCGCCCAUGUUCAAGAGGAAACAAGAAGAGAGCCAGCAGCCGGCGGACAUGCUGUCGCCGAUCGACGAGGACCUGGAGGAGCGCGAGGACGAGGACCCGGACGACGCGCCCAUCACCAUGGCCGCGCCCGCGCUCGUGCGCACCGCCGCCUCGCCCGAGCUCUCGCAGAGGGAGAGCGUACUGUAGUCUGUAGCGUGUAUCGUCCUCGACUCCUCGUUUUCUUUGCUUUUUUGAAUUUGCCAAUUUCUAAUGUCUUUAACUGUGAAGUCGAUGAUUUAAAUUUUUAUUGUAACGUUUACACUUUAACUAUUUGAAAUGAAAGUUAAAUGUUUUCUAAAACAUGGAACUCUACACCGAUACCCCUAAAAACGAGUUACGAAAUUUGCUACCUUUACGACAAAUAUUUAUAAAACUGCUUCCUUAAAAUUAAUUCUUUUAAGUUCAACUCCUUACAGGAGUUGCCUAUAAACCGCCCCACGAUAGAAGUUCAUAAACGCGACACAAUAACAACGUGGCCGGUCUGUUAUUUAUUUAGUGAGCAGAACACAAAUUGCCAAUUGGUAUUUAAAUAUAUUACGAAAAAACCAUCCUUAAGCAACCUACAGAAAUCUCAAUUAUCUAAAUGUUUGUUCCAAGUUUUCAAUUCGACUGACCGUCAACAUGUCUCAGGAAAUAUGACUUGACCCUUUAAGUACUUUUAUAUAAACAAUUUUGUGUAUAAUCUUAUUUUUGUAUUAGCUAAUUUAAGUAGUUUUAAUUUAUUAACCCCUGAUAAUACAAUAUCUACUCACGGUUUGUAGCACAUAACGUGUAUAUGAGAAUAUAAUCUUCCAAUGAGGCUUGGCCGCAGUAAUAUAAUAGAUUCCGACAACUCUUUACAAUUACUCGCUAUCAAAAAAUAAACAUACGAUCUCAUUAGUUUGAUGGCUAUAUUCCAAAGGUUUCUCGGAAAUUAUUAUAAUUCUCAUUUAGGCGCAUUUUGUGUGUGAAUGAAUAAAUAUUUUCUAGAAGAAAUGUACAGUACUUUAAAGAUCCUAUUUUGAUGGUAACAAAUAAUAAGUACUUAGUAUUAAAAAUUAAUAACUCGUGGUUACCAUAGGAAUGUAACGUAUGAAUUUAAAUAAUAAUAUGUCUUGGAAUUGACUGCAAGCAAUAAGCAAAUAGCUGCCGCAUUUUUAGUGAAAAAUUAAGAUUCGUAAUUCCAACGUGCCAUAUUGUCGAGGUGCUAAGGUCGACUCAAUGAACACACUCACAUAUAUACUCAAAUAACGCAUACAAAAUGUCCAAACUAACGUUUAGCAAUAAUUUUAGUACUUAUAGGCUGUACUUGGUACUUAUAGGCUGUAAGUACUUAGAUCCAGAGCAUAUGUCACAUCAUCGCAUAUCAACUUUAAUGCUAUUCAACAAAUCGAUAAAUGUUUUACUUCGUAAUUAUCUAUCUAUUACAAAAUAGUACCUGUAAGUGUAACAAAAUAAACAUUGCUUUUUUCACAUCCUAUACUAACCUAUACUUGUAAAUGAUCAAUUAAUUAUAAAUAAGAAGUGCACGGGUAUAAAUAUGCAAGGAAGUAAAUAGAUAGAAUUUCAAUUCUGAAGUUAUAAGUAUAUUAUAUACUACAUUUGAUAUUUCGCUGUCUUUUCGAGAGCUUUCUUGGCCUGAAAUAUAAGAGCGAUGUCUAGGCACAGAAGUGUUUCUUAGUUCUACUGUCGAUUGUAAAUAAGUACUAAAUUGAAUUGUGACCCUACAAGUAUAAGCCCUGUCCUAUCUAGGCUGUAUCCAAGGCAAACAAUUGUGUUGCUAUCUCUGUUUAUCAUUACAGUGCCAAAAAGAGAUAGAAACACAUUCGUUUGACCCAUGGACAGCCAAGUUAUUUAAUGUCAUUGGAACGACACAUUUAUAGAUUGGGGACGUUUUUCUAUAUUAACUGUGUGUUUUAUAGGUACCUAAGUGUACUAAUAGAUUAGCCGUAGCACGUCUGCCUUUUAACUCUUUCUAGACUCAACAUUUCGAGCUUGGCUUUAUCUUCUAUUUUUUGAGACAUAUAGUUUGUUAUUUUACGCCAUCCCAGUUUGCGUUUAGUUGUCAAUACCUGAAAAUUUUGCGAGAUUUUUUGUCUCGCUCGACACGUUGAACCAAACUGAGAUGACGCAUAGUUCAUCCUUAGUGUGCCAUCGUUUAUGAACAAUUUUGUAAAUAUAUCGCAUAAGUAAAACUACAGAUGUGAGUUAUGCAACGCAGUCAAUUUUACGUGCAUCAUUCAAUACCAAAAACAUCUUUAUCUAGAAAGAUAUAGACUCUAUGUACUUGCCAGUUAGUAGGGUGUAUAUAGAAUGGAGAGAUAGGUACAUAAUAUAUUUUUGUCAUAGAUAUUUUUGUCGAUAAAAAGCAUAAUUUAGCUUUAAGUGUAAUUAAUGAAUGUAUAGAUAGUUAGCGGAGGUAUUAUGUGAUAAAUAAAAAAAAAACCGUUAAAAUAUUUCGUUUGUAACAAUCUGUAUUUUAUUAUUGAACUAAUAAUGAUAUGAUAUGCCUAUUAUUAUUGUAUAUUAUGUUGGUAAGUUUACAUGUAAACAGUAUCAAAUAAAAUUAUGUAAUGUAUUGAGGAAUAUUCGAAAUCUUACGGAUGAAUGUUACUGUUGUUAUAGCUUUAUGUAAAAACCAAACGUGUUAUUAUGUUUUUAAGAUUUUUAAUGGAGAAAUGAGAGGCGAAUUUGUAACAGAUUAUAUACGAUGUAACCGCGACGUUUUGCUGUUAAAAAUAAAGUUCAAACUGGUAUGACAAUCAUGAAUAUAUUUUGUUAUAUUAAAUUAGAACCACGUUUUACAACUUUUGAAGUUUAUUUGUUUUAAAAACGAAAAGUUACGCUUUGGUGGAAAGAUACGAAUGUUUUAUGUAUUCAGUAUUGGCUCAAAGUAUUGUUUUAUUUCUUGUUUUAAAAGAUCGUGCUGAUGUUUUCACAUUGCCUAUAGUUUUGUCAGUUCGCAAAUGUGAGUACAAAUAAUUUAAAUGGAAAAUUUCUUCUCAUGGUGAAUCCAUUCUAUAUUCUUCUUUCCUGUUGACAGGGUAAUUUUUUUUUACUAAGCUGUAAGUUUAUUAUAGGCAAUGUAAAAACAUGUGAUAGUUUAGUAGUUUUCCGUGAUAAGCGCACUGCGCACGCGACGCUUGCGCUCAAUGAAAGCUUAUUGUUGAACAUUUCCACCGAAAAUUACUUUUGUAAAUAACAGAUUUAUUAAAUAAUAAUCAUGACUGA